AUGACGACAGAAAACGUCAUUCUAUCAUCGCCAACCGUAUGGGAAUCUUGGAUUCAAAUUAUCCAGGCAAAGGCUGAACGAAAGGGAAUCUGGGGCAUCAUCGAUCCAUCAAAAACAGAUGCACACGCCGAUGAAAUGCUUCCAGAACCUACAAGGCCCGCGCCCCCAGAAGCUAACGACAAAACGUUUGCCGCGCAAAUGACCUGGAAAAUGACAUACGAUGAAUACAAGGACAACAAGGUCCUAUUCGACAAGCAAAAGGAAUCACUGCAGGACCUACGUAUUUUCAUCCUACAAACUGUAGAUGCGAAAUACACCACGUAUACCUACGGCAUCUCAUCAGCACGCGAUCUACUUGCUAAGCUCAAGAAAUCCAUCGCGCCAUCAGACGAAGCACGCCGGAACGAAAUC